AUGUUCUUCGCUCCGGCGCGGUUGGAUGAUGGAACUCUGGUAGAAUGUGGGUUACUUUUCUUCCUGACAAUUUGUAUAAUGUGCUUUCUUGUUUUUUUGAGCUUCAUGUCCUUUCUGGCCUAUUCAAUGUAUUCCCGACGGCUUGAAGACCUCGCUUCCUUGCGCUUGCAAGCUUUGACCGUCCCAGCAAAACGCAAAAACACCAAGCAACAAAGUCGGGGCCGGCUUAGGCAUGAAGUGUGCCGCCACAGUGUCUCGCUGUCGGAUAGGAUGGUGAAGGCCUUUGGAACGCUCUGGUCUGGCCCCAAUAAAACAUCCAGUCUGAUCGCAGAUGAUGCUGAGCAAUCGAUGCCUUCUCUGCCCUCCCCAUGUUCUUUUCAGAGCAUACUGGAAGAUAGGGAGAGACUUGCUAUGCUUUUGGAGGAAGCUGCAGGAGAGAGCAACCGGAAGACGGAAGAAGUUGCUCGUGUUUCGAAGGAACUUAACAAGACCACUGGACAGCUUGAGCGCCUCCGUGUGUGUCUGGAAGCAUCCCAAGGCAUCGAGGCCGAAAAUCAAUGUAUUCUCUCCGAGAAUCAUGUGCUGAAGACUGAGAUCGCCGCAACUCAGAAAGAGCUCAAAAACCUUCGUGAGAUUGUGGAUGAGUUGCGCCAUGAUUGCCUGUGCCCAAUCCACCAAACACCCAUGCAAAGCCCCGUUGUGGCCGCAGAUGGCCAUUCCUAUGAUCGCAAAGCGAUUGAACGAUGGGUUUCCCAGCAUGGGACGUCACCUAUGACCAACAUGGCGCUUCCAAGCACUUCAUUUGUGCCGAACAUUUUGGCGAGCAAAUUUGUGGGGUGCUUGGAGCGAGCUGAUCCUUCCUGGCGAUCACCCAUUGAGUAUACCGAGAGUGAUGAGGAAAGCUCUGAGCACACUCCCCGUGUGUGGAUUUCUGACUCUGAGGAUAGCCCUCAUGAAACUGGGACUCCACGGGACGUGUACAACGAGGACUCCGCCGCUGAAGUCCUUCGAGCUUUGUUAACAAACAAUGACGAGACAGCUCCAGUAGAGGCUUUGUGGAACGUCAGCAACGCGGGCAGUGAUGACGGGAUGCAGUGA